UUUCCUGCAUGGUUUCGUCCUUCCCAGUUGCUCUUCAGAUUUGGAAAUAAUUAGUAAAUAAUUAUUAUAAAUAAAUAUAUACAUUUUAAAUUAAAGAUGAAUAAUUCGGGUGUGGACACCACAACACUUUGUCUGUUUGAUGUGGACGGAACUUUAACAGCAGCUCGCCAAAAAGCCACUCCACACAUGCUAGAGUUCCUGAACAAGCUAAGACAGAAGGUCCGGGUUGGAGUCGUCGGGGGCUCAGACUUGACCAAGAUCAAAGAGCAGCUGGGUGACGAUGUGACUAAACAAGUGGACUAUGUUUUCGCCGAGAACGGUUUGGUUGCCUACAGAUUUGGGCAGCUACAUUCUGUGCAGAGUAUUCAAGCCUAUCUAGGGGAGGAGAUUUUACAGGACUUCAUCAACUUCUGUUUAGACUACAUGGCAAAGAUCAAACUGCCCAAAAAGAGGGGCACGUUUAUUGAGUUUCGGAAUGGAAUGCUAAACAUUUCUCCCAUUGGUCGAAGCUGCAGCCAGGAGGAGCGAAUUGAAUUUUUUGAGCUUGACAAGACAGAGAAGAUCCGAGAGAAGUUCGUGGCUGUUCUGAAAGAGAAGUUUGGUCAAAAAGGAUUGGCGUUCUCUAUUGGAGGGCAGAUCAGCUUUGACGUCUUCCCAGAAGGCUGGGAUAAGCGGUACUGUCUGGGCAUCGUAGAAAAGGACACCUACAAAACCAUCCAUUUCUUUGGGGACAAAAUCCAAAUAGGAGGAAACGAUUACGAGAUCUACACUGACCCCCGGACGAUCGGACACGAGGUCAAAUCACCCGACGACACGCAGCGGAUCUGUCAGGAACUUUUCUUCUCCUGAGUGACCUCGUUCCUCCUUGGAGCCUGUAGGACUUGAUAUAACGUUACUGAAAUGCCUGAGUGUUGUUGUUGUUGUUUUUUUACCACUAAUUAUGCAAUGAAUGAACUCAACAGUAUACAUGAAGGAUUCAGAGCAUCCUUUCUUGGACAUGCCUUGUUCCACUGGUUGUGUGCACUGUAAAUUGUUUGGGACCCUGUAGCAUUCAAUAACAAACCAGAUUUCUCUUAGCAUGCCAAAUUUGCCCAGUGACGACUAUGAAUGUCCUUUUAAAACAGUAAAAAACUCUAAUUGGACUUAUACUAACUGACCAUAAACUAUUAUGACAAUUCAUUAAAAAAACAUGUGCAUUAAUGUGCUGGACUGGCACCAUCAAGUGUUCCAGAAUUUGUGUAGUAGUAAUAGAAUAGUGACCAAAAGUAUGUGGACACCACAUUUUAGAACUAUAGUGCAUAUAAUAUGCAGUUGGUACGUUAUUAUAGGCAGUGGUCGCUCCCCCGUUAAUUUACAGGCACUUCUCUUCUCGGUAGGCCACGACCAUUUGUGAGCUUUUAUUGGACAGCAAGGCCUGGUUUGCACAUGUCUUACUCAUUUAAAUAUGCAGUAUUGAUCUCGCUUUGUGCUCAUGGCCACAGUCAUGCUAGAACAGGAAAGCGUCUUGAUUUUAUACAUCUAUUAGCAAUUGAUGAGGCUGAAAAAAAGUAUUAUGAGGGUGUCCACAUACUUUUAGAGCUUAAAAACUACUAGGGAAUAGGGUUUUCAUUAAUAUUGACCUUACACAUGCCUGAUUGGACUAAUGGCAUCUUACUCAAGUUGUGUGUUGUACAGAAUCAGAACAUAUUACAAUACUAAAAAUACAAUUAAAUAUGCACUAGAAGGUCUAAAAUUAGACGUCCAGAACAAAAGGUAUUUAUUGCACUGCAGAUUGAAGUUGAUUUUUAUGAUUGUGUUGUGACUGGGAAAAUGUGGUUGCCAGUAUAAUGGGAUAUUUUAUCAGAUUGUCAAUUUUGGAACAUAAGCAGAUUGUAAUCAUCAUUUUAGCAAAUAGUUAGAGAUAAGUUUGUGGGUGUGGGGCUAAAUGUACGAAAAAUUUAAUGAAAUGGUGCUUGCUGGGAAAAGUAUAUGUAAAUUAAAACAUGAUGCUGUGUUUCUAAA